AUGGGAGCCGGCAACGGCAGUUCGGGGAAGCAGUCGGGGAAGAGCGUGGUCGACAUCCUCAGGAAGCACUGGGCUGAGAUUGGAGCGGCCAGCACGGGCCAUGGUGGUGGGGGUCCUGCCGACGAGCAUGCCACUGAUGACGCACUGCCAAUGGCUCCGCCUUCGGUCGCCGUUAAGCCACCACGACAGGGUAGCGGUGAGAAAGGGCUGUGCGACAAGGAGAAGGCCGUCGCCAAAACGGCCCCAAGCGGGUCCGCGAAAGCUAGCCAGGGCCCAAAGACAGGGGUUGCGGAGGCGUCAGCGGUUCCUCACCAGUCUCCCGCGGGUGCACGCCAUCCGACCGAACCGUCUGCCGGGAAACCUGCCGACGUCCCGCGCCAUGCCGACCCGUCGUUGGCGAAUGUCGCACCACCCACCCAUGUGGCAGCUGAUGUGGAGAAGGCGGCGGAGAAGGGCGUUCGUGCCGCGCUUGCCACCGGCGGCGGCGCCGUUGAGGAGGAGGAGGAAGAAGAAGAAGAGGAGGAGGAGGAGGAGGAGGAGGAGGAGGAGGAGGAGGAGGAGGAGGAGGAGGUGGAGGAGGAGGGGAAGGGCAAGGAGAGGAGGGGUCAUGGCAUCCGACACGAUACCUCGGGCGACAAGCAAGGGUGGGUCGGCAAGAUUAAGGUGCAUGGCAUCAAUCGAUACAUCGGCAAGUCGCGGGACAAGAUGGAGCUCGCGUACGUUCACUCCAUCGCGUACGUCGUCUACGACGGUUUCGUGAGCAAGGUGCUCAUGACCGAGCUCACCGGCUUGGACAGCGCCGAAUUGGAGAGGUGGAAGGAGGUGUGGGAGGAGGUCAAGAUCUUGCCGACAGAGAUGUGGACAGUGAUGUGGGCCCGGGGUACGCUCCUUCCAAAGACACGGUUGACUGAGAUCCUCGACGCGUAUCGCCAUUACAAGUCCACAGGCGAUGGUCUCCGCGCCGCGCUCCUGCCAGCGAUAUGGUACUUAGUCGAUGCUAGCACCGAGGAAGGCCAGGAGACGUCGGCGAUAAUAGGCCGCGUGUCAUUGUGCGCUGCGUAUGGGAAGACUGCUGCGGUAGCGGCAAAGAAGGAGGGAGACAAGGAGGAGAAGACGGAUAUGGCGGCAUGGGCGUUAGCAGCAUCCGCAUGCGCUGUGUAG